AUGUCGGCGGACGACGUACGCAAAGCAAGAAGCGUCAAGCUGAAGUAUCUGGCCACGCUGCACCAGAUCGGGCGUCCGCUGGAGGAGCCGAUUGUGGGCCGUCACUUUCGGCUUCCGGAGCGGGCGCGGCCCGCCGUGCACCCAGUGUUCGAUAUGUCGCUGUUGUAUAUUCCGAUCUACUGCCACCUGGUGCUGCAUCCACCCGAGGAAAUCGUACGUCCUUGCACGCCGGAGUUGAUAACCAGGGCGCGCAUAGAGAAAGCGGUGGAAAAUUGGAUGGACUGA